ACAUUUCAUCUGGCCAAAUGACACUGGUCGGACAAAAAAUGAACGAAGAACUGUUCAGUGUCACGUUCACCCAGAUGUUUCCUGGAAACACAACGCUCGCACUGCAGGCUUGAUGUUCACCCAAAUUGCAGAACCUGAUGAGCACCAGGCAGGCAGUCCCGGCGCCUGAAACGCCGAGCACGGCCGGAGAGGGGGAGGAUGGCACUUCACUGGAGCGUUGACCGUCGACCCAAGUGUGCAUCAGAACUGCUGCUUCGUGGGGCCAUGCCGGCCGGCGUGCUGCUGUUCCUGUCUUCAUCUUGCGAGGACAACCCGCUCCCCGGACGGAUCUCCCGCCUGGCAUCUCCCGAGUCCCGACGCGGGCAGCACAAUCCAGCAGCCUGCUCCGUUGGGAAAUGGCACCUUCGCUUCGUCACCAAUCAGGGCUGGGGACACGGUCAGCUCAGGGCGGCAGCGAAGUGAUUUCACAGAUGACCAUGACCACACCACGAGAACCAAUUUUGAUGUGUACGGUGGACAUGGACAAAACCAGGCUUGGGAGGAUCUCCCAACUGGCUCCGUCAACUGUUCCCCCUCCCGUCCUAUCGCCGGUGCUCGCCGGCGUGACGUAUAUUCCUCCGCGACAAGAAAUUGCUGCACCUGGUGGGAGUGGGGGCGCACGGACAGCAUGCUCCGAUGCUCCCUAAAAUAGUGCUUCUUCCUCGUGCUUUCUCGAUCGGUCCACAAAAAGUGCUUUGGUGUGGGGGCGAGCAGGGCGAACGUGACUGGUGUCUUCCUCCUCCAGCGCCGCCCCCACCUCGCUUUCCUCUUUCUUCCUCCGAUUCGAUUUCUCCCACCGCCUUCCUCCUCUCGCGCCCGUACUCCUACCUUCCUUUCGAGUUUCGCCGAUCUCACUACGGAUUCGGCGCCUGCCGCCGGAGCCUUGUCUCCUGGAGAGGCGAUUUCCUCUUUUUGCCGGCGGCCCUUCUUCAGUGUGCAAGAUCAGUCCUCGGUCAUCGGCACCAGAGAUUUCUCUGCUGAGGUUUCACUGCGCCACAAUGCCUCUUGUUACGGCCGCCGCCCCAGCUAGCGGCUCACCGCGCGGGGUGAUUCCGCUGCGAUCGAGCCGAGCGUCUUGUGACUCUCGUCCUUGUGCCGCUAGAGCAUAUGCUGGCAAGAGGUUGGUAGCAGAAAAUACAAGGGUGCAAAACGUGCAUAGGAUGGAACUGGAGACUAGAAUAAGGAACCAGCUCCUGAGACCCGAAUUGCCACCUUCUUCAUAUGACACGGCAUGGGUUUCUAUGGUGCCCUUGCGGGGUACUCAUCAGUCUCCAUGCUUCCCACAGUGUGUUGAGUGGAUAUUGCAGAACCAACAGGAUGAUGGAUCUUGGGGUGUCAACCAAUUUGACUCAUCAGUCAACAAGGAUGUUCUUUUAUCCACUUUGGCAUGUGUUCUUGCACUAAAGAGAUGGAAUGUUGGCAGGGAGAACAUCUGGAGAGGACUGCAUUUCAUUGGAAGAAAUUUCUCUGUCGCUAUGGAUGAGCAGACCACUGCUCCUAUAGGUUUCAACAUCACUUUUGCCACUAUGCUUAGCCUCGCCAUCGAUAUGGGUUUAGAAUUUCCUAUAAGGCAAACUGAUGUCCAUGGGAUUCUUGAGCUCCGCGAGAUGGAAUUGAAAAGACAGGCCGUGUACGGUUCUUAUGGAAGAAAAGCAUAUAUGGCUUAUAUCACAGAAGGGUUAGGAAACAGGCUUGACUGGGAUGAAGUUAUGAAAUUCCAGAGGAAAAAUGGAUCAUUGUUCAGCUGCCCUUCCACAACUGCAGUUGCACUAAUCCACAAAUACAAUGAUCAAGCCCAUCAAUAUCUAAAUUCACUUGUCAGUGAAUUUGGCAGUGCAGUGCCAGCAGUGUAUCCUUCAAAACUACAUUGCCAGCUCUUAAUGGUGGAUGCACUUGAAAGAAUGGGAAUUUCUCAGCACUUUGUCAAUGAAAUAAAAAGCAUCCUGGACAUGGCAUUCAGUCACUGGUUACAGAAAGAUGAGGAAAUCAUGAUGGACAUAGCGACAUGCGCGAUGACAUUUCGCCUUUUAAGGAUGAAUGGUUAUGAUGUUUCCUCAGAUGAGCUGUCUCAUGUUGCUGAAGCUUCCAAUUUCUGUGAUUCACUUCAAGGAUAUUUAAAUGAUACAAAAUCCCUACUGGAAUUGUACAAGGCUUCAAAAGUCAGCCUAUCAGGAAAUGAUUUGAUCUUAGAUAGUAUAGGAUCAUGGUCUGGCAACUUAUUGAAGGAUAAGUUGUGCUCUAGUAGGGUGCAAAAAAACCUGAUUUUUGGAGAGAUAGAUUAUGCUGUUAAGUUUCCCUUCUAUGCAACACUGGAGCGUUUAGAACACAAGAGAAACAUUGAACAUUUUGAUGCUUGGGGUUCUCUGAUGCUAACGACAAAAGGCUCGUCUUUUCAUGUCAAUCAAGAAUUUCUAGCUUUGGCUGUUAACGAUUUCAGUUUGUCUCAAUCUGUUUACCAGGAUGAACUUCAGCAUCUUGACAGUUGGGUGAAGGAGAACAAGCUGGACCAACUACAAUUUGCUCGGCAGAAAUUGACAUAUUGCUAUCUGUCUGCUGCUGCUACCAUAUUCCCUUCUGAAUUGUCUGAUGCUCGCAUUUCAUGGGCCAAAAAUGGUGUGCUCACAACUGUGGUUGAUGACUUCUUUGAUGUUGGGGGGUCAAAAGCGGAAUUAGAAAACCUGAUAGAAUUAGUUGAGAAAUGGCAUGAGCACCAUGCAGAUAAGUACUAUUCAGAGCAAGUAAGAAUAAUAUUUUCUGCUAUUUAUGCAACAACGAACCAGCUUGGAGCAAAGGCUUCUGCAGCACAAGACCGUGAUGUUACAAAGCACCUAGCAGAAAUUUGGCUAGAUGUGUUGCGGUCUAUGAUGAUGGAAGCAGAAUGGCAGAGAAGCCAACAUGUGCCAACAGUUGAAGAAUACAUGACAAAUGCUGUUGUCUCGUUUGCACUGGGCCCCAUUGUGCUCCCAGCAUUGUAUUUUGUCGGGCAAGAGCUCUUAGAGCAUGCUGUCAAAGAUCAAGAGUAUGAUAAAUUAUUUAGGCUAAUGAGCAGUUGUGGCCGGCUCCUUAAUGACAGCAAAAGUUUUGAGAGGGAAGGCAGCCAGGGGAAGCUGAAUAGCAUUUCUCUACUUGUUCUUCACAGCGGCAAUUCUGUGUCCACAGAAGCGGCUAAGAAGGUGAUACAGAAGUCCAUAGACACGUCUAGGAGGGACUUGCUAAGAUUGGUUCUCAGGAAAGAAAGUGUUGUCCCUAGGCCAUGCAAGGAGCUCUUCUGGAAGAUGUGCAAGAUUCUUCACUUGUUCUACUAUCAGACCGAUGGAUUCAGCUCUCCAAAGGAAAUGGUCGGUGCAGUGAACGCAGUCAUCAACGAGCCACUCAAAAUCCAAAUGAGUGAUGCAUCCUUGUUCAUUUCAUCAGAAAAAUGAGGAUCUCCUGUAGUCUGUCAUGUUCAUAUCAAUCAGAGGCAGCAGCAGGCCAAACAGCUAGUAUCAUACACUUUAAUUUGGCUGAUGUAGUGAUGAACAACGUAGGUGUUGUACAUGGCCGCUCCUUAUGCAAAAAAAGGUGUUGUACAUGGAUUAUGGUCAUAGAAAGGUCUCUUUGAUAGAGAGAUUUCGUUGACCUCUUUCACAAAUGAACUUGGGGUAUUCUGGGAGUUUCUGACAAUCCCAAACCCUAUUCGCGAUCA